AUGGCAAGCCUGGACGUUAGGGUUGUGUCCGGCCACUCGUUGCCAACUCACCCUUGGUGGCUUGAUCUACACCAAACCAUCAUUACCGCCUACAAACGGAAAGACAUCCAGGCUUUCCCAUUGUCGUGGACUAGGCUCCCUUCCAACCCUGCGCACGGAGCGGAAGGUCUCGCUACAGAGCUCGGUCCUCACGGUGACAUCGUUGUCGUCUUUGAGGAUGGUAAGCCGAUAGCGUGUAGUGGAGUUCUGCCCUUUCGCGGCGAGAACUGGAUGAGCGGCGUCGAUGACAGGGACAGCGAAGCGGCAGUGGCUAAGGGGGAGAUCACCAAGCCGACCUUGGAGCCACAGCCCAAACUCAUCGCUCAUAUCAAGCCUGAAGGCGGCAAGAGGCUAAUAGCGAACUACUCGAUCGAGGAAACGGGUAACUUCUGGCCAAAGAUGGGUUUUACCGUACCUGUCGGAUCUGGUAGUGUCCUUAAGAAAGGUUUCACGCACACCCCUGGUACAGAGGGGUUGAAGGAAGACCUACACUUCCGCAUGGGAGCCAAAGUUUGGGGUUGA